AUGGCGUUAUCAUGGAUUUUGAGAUCCUUAUCUCCAUCGAUUGCACAGAGUGUUCUAUGGAUGGACAAUGCGCUUGAUGUGUGGAAAGAUUUGUAUGACAGGUUUUCUCAAGGUGAUGUAUGUAGGAUUUCAGAUUUACAAGAGGAGAUGUAUGCUUUUAAACAAAAUAAUUUGUCAGUCACAGAUUAUUUUACUCAAUUGAAAAUUCUAUGGGAUGAGUUUAUGAAUCUGAGAGUUAUACCUGUUUGUUCGUGUGUUCCUCAAUGUUCUUGUGAUGCUUUAAAAGUAGUUAAGAGUCACCAAGAUAAUGAUCAUGUUAUUAGAUUCCUUAAGGGAUUGAGUGAUAGUUAUGCAGUUACUAGGACUCAAAUCUUGAUGAUGGAACCUUUGCCUAAUAUCAAUAAGGUUUUUUCUAAGAUUUUACAACAGGAAAGACAAUUAGGAUUAGGAAUGAAUAAUGCACAGAACAUAGAGCCUACUGUUUUUGCUGCACAAACAAAUGCUGGUUUUCAGAGAAGAAUGGUUGGUUAUAAUAACUACAAUCCAGUUAGACCUUUUUACAAUGGGAAUAGGCCACCUAUGAAUUCUGUUUUUCGUCCUCAAGCAGGUCAAAAGAGGUUUUAUUCAUCAGCAAAUGAUAAGCCUAUGUGUAGUUUUUGUGGUGCAAGUGGACAUACUAUAGAUAUCUGUUUUAAAAAACAUGGAUAUCCACCAGGUUUUAGGCCUAGAGUGAGACCUCAGUCUUUUGUUAAUCAAGUAGGGGAAUAUAUGGUUGAUUAUACACAAGAAGAUUGUUAUGAUUCUGGAAUUCAAAAUAGUAGCACAAGUCAGAAUGAUCAAAUUGGUAAUCAGGCUGUGUUUGGAAACCAGAAUGAGCAGAUUUAUGGCUUACAGGCUUAUAAUGAUCAGAAUUACAAUGCUUCUUAUGAAAAUAAUGUGCAAGUGUAUAAUGGAUCUGCUGAGACAAAUGAACAGGAAAGAAAAGGGAUAUGA